CCUCGGUACUGCACAACAGCGUGAUAGCGGGAGAUGGACGGAUGUUCCAGAGAUACAUCACAAACCGGCAGACGACCCACCACAAAAUAACUCCUCUGGGUCAGCGGGACCGUGUCCAGGAUCGCCCCGUUUUUCAACAGCUCAAAUGAAUUGAAUUGCUGUACCAGUCUUUGUGAAGAUGAUGCGUUAUUGGGGUGAGCUUCCUGUGGCUUCGGCCCCCUCAGGUCGCAGUUCUUUUGACCUUCUGCAGCGAGAGUUCCGGCAGGUGGAGAUGCAGGACCCUCCUCUGCACCAGCCAUCUGCCCAGCGCCCACGUCCCACCACCAUGCUGGAUGUCCCCUCUGAGCCCUGUAGCCUCACCAUUCACACAGUGCAGCUGAGCCAGCAUACCCGCCGUCUCCGCAGCCUUAUUGCUGCUGCCCAGCAGGGCCAGCAGCCCCUGCCCACAUUAUCAGACUCCCAGGGUGCCUUCAAACCCGAGGAUGGGGAUGCUCUACCUCCCCGACCCGCAACACCCACUGUACCUGAUGAUCUGCUCCCACUGGACAGUAAAGCCCCUCGACAGCCAUUCCAGCUACGACACAGUGACCCAGAAAGUGACUUCUACAAAGGUAAAGGUGAGCCAGUUACAGAACUGAGCUGGCUGUCCUGUCGUCAGCUUCUGUACCAGUCGGUUGCCACAGUGCUUGCUCACGCUGGAUUUGAGUCAGCGAACGAGAGCGUGCUGGAGACUUUGACCGACCUGGUCCAUGAGCACUACUUGCGGCUCACUAAGCUGAUGCGUGUUGCUGUUGACAGGGAGGCCUGUCAUGGCUCUACGCCCUUUCCUGAUGUGGUGGAGCAGGUCUUCCAUGAGGUGGGCAUCGGAAGCGUCCUGGCCCUCCAGCGCUUCUGGCAGGUCCGCAUCAAAGAUUACCACAGCUACAUGCUGCAGGUCAGUAAGGAGCUCUCAGAAGAGUACGAGAGGCUGGUGAAUCCAGAAAGGGCUCUGGAGGAUUCCAAACCCUUGAAGGUUAAAGAGGAGCCAGUGAGUGACAUCCCGUUCCCCUUGAGUGAGGAGCCAGAGGCAGAUCUAGCCUCAGGUGACCAGGCCCUGCCCCUCCUGGGUACCUCCAGUGAGAGACUGACUGGAGGGCUGGAAGAGGGACAGUCCCCUCACACAUCAGGGGCAGCAGGGAACAGCUCCCCCUUGUGGCAUCUAGCCCAGGUAAAGAUGGAACCCCAGGACAGUGAGGAGGGCCAGGUAUCAGGUCAUGGGGUUCUGGGCAGUGAUGUCUUUGAAGAGGGCCCCAUGUCCACUAUGAGUGAGGCAGGCAUCCCUCCAUCUCCUGGGGGUUCGGAAGGCAGUUACGGGUCCCAAUCACCAGACUCACUCAUGGGCACAUCGCCCUUCACCCAGCGGCCUAAGAAACGAAUGAGAAAAGUAUAACAUAGCUUCAUCAUCUAAAUAAAGAGACAAAGUAUUUCCAUAGCCGUUUUGAUAAUAUUGUCUUCUAUUGGGACUACAUGUCUUACCUUUGAGUGGAAAUUGUUUAGGAAUUGAAAGAGACAAAUAAUGUGUGUGUGUAUGAAUGCUCAGCCCAGCAAAUGGCAGCUGGUCACUGUUUUACCCAAUUAUUGAGUGGGACAAUUACUUGUUUGCAAUAAUAAAAUUAGCAUCUAUUUAUUGUAACGAAACAAAGCAAGGAGCACAACACGGGAAGUAAUUAUAGCCUGAUGUCUGCUUCAAAACACACCGGGACCAUAAUCAAUCAAGGGAUAAUGGCAAAUUAAUUACAACAUGCAUAAAUCUGCAUGUUAAAUAAGCAGGCCAUUUCAUUACCUGCUUGCAUUCCCAGACGUCACAGUGGGGUUAUUGUCUCUUAGCCACCUGUGCCGAAAAAUUAUUUUGCUAGACACAUGCUGGUUGAGAGUAAAUUAAGCUUCCCACCCUCUUCAGAUACCAAAGCAUUCUGGGACUCUAGAAAAGGAACAGAGAGUUGAUAUCAAACAGGGUUUCCAAAUGAAUUUGGCAUGAGCUUUUAGUGUCUGGUCCUUGGCAGAUCUUAUUACAGCUAGACAAAAAAGCAUUCAGUCAGUGUUGUCUUUAGUCACACGCUGUCAUCAUUUUUAUCAAUGCUUAAAGGGACAGUUCACCCAAAAAUGAAAAUUCUCUCAUAAUUUACUCACCCCUUGCCAUCCCAGAUGUAUAUGACUUCCUUUCUUCAGCAGAAAACAUUUGAAGAAAAAUGGAAAAAUAUCUUGGCUGAGUUGGUCCUUGUAAUGGAAGUGGAUGGUAACACGAUUUUUGAUGCUCCAGAAAGCACAGACAAUCAGCAUUAACGUCAUCCAUAUGACUCCAGUGGUUAAAUGAAUGUCUUGUAAAGCGAUACGAUCGCUUUUGGUGCAAAAAAUAUCAAUAUUUAAGUAAUUUUUAACUAUAAAUAAUCGCUUCCGUUAAGCAGCUGUAUGCAUGUUCACGAGAGGGUUGAGGUUAUGCAUAAAGGACCUACUGAGCUGAGAUAUUUUUCUAUUUUUCUUCAAAUGUCUUCUGCUAAAGAAAGGAAGACAUAUACACCUAGGAUGGCAUGAGGGUGAGUAAAUUAUUAGAAAAUUUUCAUUUUUGGGUGAACUAUCACUUUAAUCUUAAAGGGUGAAUCUCAUGAAAACAUGUCCAGGUUAUACUGAACCCCAAAAUGAAAAGAAACAUUGUGCAACCAAGAAGCCAUUAAAAAUGUUUUGAAAUGUAUUCUUUUCCACAGCUUUGGUUUAAAAAAAAAACUCUUCAAAAACUCCACGCUUUAGCAAACUAAAAAUGUUUUUUACAUUUUUCAUCCUUGUGCUCAUUACGAUUGUCUCCAAAGACCUUUUCUUAUCCCACCCUCAUCUCCAAUUUAAUUGGAUGUUGUUGACAGGUUCUUUAUAGAUCAUAGCAACAGCAGGGGGCAGUACAGCCUCAUACUGAUACAUCUACAUCAGCAGCGCAGUAUCAAAUCUCAUAUCAGGUGUUCGAUAUUCCACCAUUUUUCUGUUUUUAUUGAGCAUCCUGCUUUGUGGAUAAGCUGUACUAAAGUGGAUGGAGUAAUCCAUUUUAAACAUUUCCAGUGGAAGUUGUGAUUUCCUUUCACUAAAUAAAAAUAUGUUCAGAACUCCAGGAGAUAAUUAUACUCAAGAGUCUGUGCAGUUACUUAAAACUAUUUCUGUGCAUGUGUGUGAAGUGUAAAGUAAGUCUGGCUUAAAAGGGAGCAAGGCAAUUUCAAUAUUGUGGAAGAUGUACCUAACAUGUUUUUAUGCAGAUACUCCAUCUUCAUAGUUUAGAUGAAUUUAUACCAUCCAGUUCUCAUGACACUUUUGAAGUAGGUCCUUCACAAUAUACUUUAUGUAGAAGAGUGUCUAUUAGAGUGUCCAAGAGAGCCAAAGAACAUAAAAGAACCCUUGCACUCUUCCUUGUAUGCACACAAUAACAUAUACUUAGUAAUUUAGCAGAUGCGUUUAUCCCGAAUGCCUUAUUAUUUGGUCUGAUUCAGUUAUUACAGGGACCUUGACCUUGGAGAAACCAAGUGCUUUGGGGUUAAGUGCUUUGCUGAAGGGCAAACUGGUGAUGACUCAUCGGCUUUGUUCACACAGCACCCAAUUCCAAUUUGUUUUUCAAAUUGGAUAUUCAGGGCUGACAGUCCACACUGUCAUUUUGCAAGUGUUAAAAUCGAGAAAUAAGUCAGUUUAUGAAGUGGUCCAUUUUAGCUAAAUAUUCUAAUAGUCUUUUUCGUCAAAUACUUUGGUUGUUUUGCAAAUCACAGAUAUUUACUGUGCAAAAGUUUUAGGCACUUGUGAAAAAUGUUGCAUAGUGAGGAUGUAUUUAAAAAUAAUGCCAUAAAUAGUUUUCAUUUAUCAAU